AAUGCAGAAAGUGUUUCUUAUUCUUCUGAUAUUGCUUGUCUAUAUAUGCAAUAUCUAGGCUCUAGAAUGCUAAAGGCUGUUAAUUAUGUAUAGGUAUAGCCCAUGGAGUCAUGGAUAGGUUAAAGUUGUUCUAACCACCAACAUCCACAGAGGAGACGUGGCUGCGUAUUGCGAGCGCAACACUAACCUACAAGUACGAACAGUUAGGAAUUGCAGUUAAGGUUCGUUGCCUACUUGCCUACUACCAACCAGCCGUUAAUCUUGAAGAAAUGUCCAUAUAUGACUAUACUGAAGGACACGGGACACCUGCUUGGCAUCACCAGACACCAAGUGAAAAAUGUGAACCGUGUUCUAUAAAUGUAGAGUAGCGUGAAAAAUGUGAACCGUGUUCUAGAAAUGUAGAGUAGCGAGCUAGAGAGUUGUUGAUGACAAAUUGGUAGAGCUAGCCAAUGAAGAGACGCAUCAAGGAGAUACUUCUACUCGAGGAGUUGAGCUACCAUUCACUGCCACCUGAAAGGCUGAAAGGCAGCAGUAUAAAAGCCAAGCAAGAUAUUUGUAGGCUGUAGUUAGUUAGCUCGAUCAAGGACCGCGGCAGCAGAGCACCCGCUACACCGGCAUGCACGGCUCUGCCGUCGUGGAAGACUCGAUCUACACGGAUACGUAGCAGCUAGGGGAGAGCUGAGCUCUCUCGCACCAGUCCGUCCAUGUCGAAGAAGACGGUGCUCAGGGUGGACACCUCCUGCGACAAAUGCAAGCGCAAGAUCCUGCAAACCGUCUCCGGCCUCCAAGGUGUUGACAAGAUCGAUAUCGACUCGGAGAAGGGAACGAUGACGGUGACCGGCAGCGCGGACCCGGUGGACGUGAUCGAGCGGACGAGGAAGGCCGGGAAGCGCGCGGAAGUCGUGACCAUCGGGCCGCCGCCGGCGUCGUCGUCGUCGUCGUCGUCCAACCCGUCGACGGAGCAGCAGCAGAUCAAGAAGCAGGCGCCGGCGGCCGAGGAGAAGGUGUACACGGCGGCCGCGGAGAAGAGGGCGCCUGAGCCGCCGGCCACCGUGUACGUCCACUACAUCCCCGCCUCGACGUGGUCGGCUCCGGCGUGGCCAUCCUACGAGUACGACCAGAGCGUAGUCUACCACCAGCAGGAUCCCCCUCCAGCUUGCUCCAUCAUGUAACUAACUAAAUAACUAUAUACUCAUCGUUUCAUCAUGUAACUAGAUCGAUCUCGUGUGUAUCCUCAUUAGUGAUAGCUUCUUAUGUCGAUCACAUCUACUGGAAAUUUAGAAAUUAAUUAAUUAUAUCA